AUGUGUCAGCUUUCCGAAAGUAGUGCCCCUGCUGCAGUGCCGGAGGCACCUCAUGAUUACUGGGUGAUUCAUGGGCAGGCUUACGACUUGGCAAGCUAUGUGGCGAAGCACCCAGGUGGAGUCGAUGCCAUUCUCCUUGGCCGAGGACGUGACUGCACAGAACUUUUCGAGCAGUAUCAUGUCCUGAAUAACAAGCAUUUGCGUGUGCUUGAGCGCUUCCGCAUAUCGCUACCGUCCUCAAAGCUGGUCGCCAACAACCUGAAGGGUACCUUAGUCUCGGCGCCAAUCGACAGGUUGGACAGCGAGGCAGACGCCGCGGCAGUUAUUGGCCUUCAGAAGUCUGCAUUCUCAGCCCAUCAGAGCGAUCCCUUCUAUGAGGACGUCAAGGCUAUGGUGCGCGAGCACGGCAACACGAAAAUGUCAACGCCAUUUAUGAUCCUGCACUGCCUGCAUGUGGUUGGCCUGGUUUACUCGCUCCGCCUGUGGUAUCAAGGCGCUUUUAUAUCAGCAUUCCUGCUCCCGUACUUCCUUUGGGUUCUCUGCGCGGCACUGGUGCACGAUGGAGGGCACUUCGCGCUAAGCCGUAACGCUUCGGUGAAUAAGAUCCUCAACCUCACAGCUGCGCUCAUCACCAAUAGUUCUGGGUGCUGGUACCUCCAGCACAAUAUUCUCCAUCACUCCUACACCAAUCUCCACGGAAAGGACUGCGACUUGGACUCCCACCACCCCUACAUGCGCAUCCAUCCAGAACAGUCCCUUCCCCCUACCACCGUCCACCACGUCCUGCGCCUCCUGGGUCACCUUGCGAUGUACCUCAUGGCGCACCUCGGCCUCACAGUGUUGUCACCUGUUACAUACUUCCGCGGCCUUAUGGCGCGCCGGAAAGGCCACGUGGACGCCAAAACGGCUCAGGAUGUGCAGACGCUCGCUCAGUACCAUGCCAGCAUUGUGCUGCAGGCAAGUGAUGGCUCGCAAGACGGGAGACUGGGAGGAGCGGUCCUUUGUGUACGCAUCAGGGUAGCAUCAGCCCCAUAA